GCGAUAUUGUGAGUUUCUGCGAGAUGUGGCGGCGGAGGGAGAGCGAAACGAACGGAGGCGCUGAGAGGCUGUCAAGCGCGCGCGCCGCCUUCCCCGCUUGGGCUGAGGAGAGAGAGGGAAGCCGGGCGUCAUGGCGGCGGCAGCGCUCUCUCCUGCGACGACUCCCGCGGCCCACUGGAGCCGCUUCGAGCAGGAACGAGACCUGACCCUCCGGGAGCUGGUCCGGCGAGUGACGGGCCUCCAGGAGCGGGGCGCCGGCGAAGGGGAGCCCGGCCACUUCCAAGCGGCGCUCGGCUUCGCCUGGUCCAACGUCAGGUUUCAUCGAUUUCUCGAUGUAAGUAGUCACAAAGUGGAGAAAACAAUAGAAGGAAUUUAUGAAAAGCUGGUUGUUCAUUCAGAACUUGUAAAAGCUGCAAGUUGGAAAAAAUUAACAGAAAAGUUUCUGAAUUUGCCUCUUCCAACAACUGAAGGAACAAAGACAGAGACCCAUUAUGCUCUACUCUCUCUCCUGCUAUGCUUGUCUGAUUCUCCUUCCAACACCAGUUAUACAGAAAAACCGAGAGAGAAAGAAGUGGAAAAAGAAGAAUUUGAUUGGGGAAAAUACUUAAUGGAAGGUGAAGAAUUUGACUUUCCGCCUGAUUUAGAAACACCGGAGUGGUCUGAUGCAAGUAAUGAUGAAGAGGAUGCUGAGCCUUUGAGUAGGGAAGACUCUGGCAUUCAGGUGGACAGGACACCACAAGAAGAUCAAGAUCAAAACAAGAAGUCAGCAUCUCAUGUUACCUGGAAAGGUGAACCUGAUUCACGUACCUGGUUGGAGCAACAUGUAGUUGCUCCAUACUGGACCGGAAGAGGAGCCCGUUUUUCCCAUAGUUUACAUUUCCAUUCCAAUUUAGCUGCUGUAUGGCAGCAGCAUUUAUAUAAUACAGAUCCGCUGUAUAUGCCAGAAGAAAGAAUUCUUGUUACGGAAACACAGGUUAUUCGUGAAACGAUUUGGCUUCUUUCAGGUGUAAAAAAGCUGUUUAUAUUUCAGCUGAAUGAAGGAAAGAUUACUGCAAGAAAUGAUAUCAUGGUCACCCACUUGACACGUAAAUCAUUAAGAACAAUGCUGGAGAGGAUAGCGGCAUAUGGGCAAGUUGUAUUUAGGCUGCAAAAGUUUAUUGAUGAAGUGAUGGGUCACAGCUCAGAAAGUGGGAUACAUGGAACCAUGUCCACACCAAAAAAAUCGGUAGAAGCCCCAUUUAGAACCUACCAGGCAUUUAUGCGAGCUCUCUAUAAGUAUUUCAUCAGCUUCAAAGAAGAACUUACUGAAAUUGAGAGGUGUAUUAUCAAUUCAGACAUGACCAUUACACUCUCUAUAGUAAUGGAGAAAUUGUCUCCUUGGCUGGCACAGCUGAAGGUCCUGCAUAAAGUGUUUAGCACUGGAGUUGCAGAAGUGCCCCCUGAUACUCGCAACGUUGUGAGAGCUUCUCAUUUGCUUAAUACUCUGUACAAAGCCAUAUUGGAUUAUGACAAUGUUGGAGAAGCUUCAGAGCAAACGGUCUCUCUCUUGUUUUCUCUGUGGGUUGAGACAGUAAGACCAUAUUUACAGACAGUGGAUGAGUGGAUUGUUCAUGGAAGUUUAUUUGAUCCUGCCAAAGAAUUUAUAAUUCAGAGAAACAAAAAUGUUCCUGUGAACCAUAGAGAUUUUUGGUAUGCUACUUAUACUUUGUAUAGUGUAUCAGAAAAAUCAGAGAAUGAAGAGAAGAUGAGUGACAAUGCUAGUGCCAGUUCUGGGAGUGAUCUGGCACCCUCAAGCAGGCAGCAUACCAUGGUCUCUUUUUUGAAACCAGUGUUGAAACAGAUCAUUAUGGCUGGGAAGUCUAUGCAAUUGCUGAAGAACUUGCAGUGCACCGAUGGUUUUCCACAGCAGGCUGCGUCCAGAGAUACAGAAAGGAAGAGUCUGUACAUGUUAUUUCUUGAAUCAGUGCAGUCACGGCUGCGACACGGAGAAGAACCUGCUCAGGAUAUUGUUACAGAGCAGCAGGUUACUAAGCAGAGUCUAAUAAAGAUGCAGUCUAUUGCAGAAAGACAUUUGGAGUUGGAUGAUGUUCAUGAUCCCUUGCUGGCUAUUAAUUUUGCAAGGCUAUAUUUGGAACAGAAUAACUUCCAUGAGACACUUGCUGCUGAUGAUGUUUGUGUGGAUAGAUCAUCUGAAUCAGUUACAUGUCAAACGUUUGAACUGACAUUGAGGUCUUGUCUUUAUCCUCACAUAGACAAACAAUAUCUACAGUGUUGUGGCAAUUUAAUGCAAACUUUGAAGAAAGAUUACAGGCUGGUAGAGUACUUGCAAGCAAUGAGAAACUUUUUCUUAUUGGAGGCUGGAGAUACUAUGUAUGAUUUCUACACAUCCAUUUUUGAUAAGAUACGAGAGAAAGACACUUGGCAGAAUGAACCGUUUCUUAAUGUCCAGCUCCAAGAAGCAGUUGGACAGCGCUAUCCAGAGGACAGUUUGAGGCUAUCUAUACUGUGUGAAAAUAUUGAUAUAGCAAAGAAGAAACUUCCUGUUCAUACUUUGGAUGGUUUAAUACUGAGCUACAAGGUCCCUUGGCCUGUGGAUAUAGUUAUAAGUGUGGAAUGUCAGAAAAUCUAUAAUCAAGUGUUUCUUCUAUUGCUACAAAUAAAGUGGGCCAAGUAUAGUCUGGAUGUGCUAAGAUUUCAUGAACUAGUCAAAGCAGAAGAAAAAACUCAGAAUGAAGGAGGAGCUAUAUUUGUACAAGAAGCACUCUCUCAGUUUGGGGAACAAACUGAUCCCAUUAAACAACAAACUCAUCGCAUGUUCCUUUUGAGAAUGAAGCUCAUGCACUUUGUUAACAGCCUGCAUAACUACAUCAUGACUAGGAUUCUUCACAGCACGGGUUUGGAAUUUCAACAUCAGGUAGAAGAAGCAAAAGAUUUGGAUCAACUAAUAAAAAUUCAUUACAGAUACCUUUCUACAAUCCACGAUCGCUGCCUAUUGAGGGAAAAGGUUAGUUUUGUGAAAGAAGCUAUAAUGAAAGUGCUGAACCUAGUACUGAUGUUUGCAGAACGUUGGCAAGCCGGAUUGGGAGCUUGGAAGAUGGAGUCUAUAACUAAGAUGGAAUCCGAUUUUAAAAACUGCCAUAUGUUCCUUGUGACGGUAUUGAACAAAGCAGUGUGUCGAGGCUCCUUCCCACAUUUGGAGUCCUUAGCCUUGUCGCUCAUGGCUGGAAUGGAACAAACUUAGCAAAACAGAGAUUUGUGUGAAACUACUGAAACUCCAGCAAUAUCUUCUUUCCAGCAUUGUGACAGUUCAGUACUUGAAGUAUCUACUGAGAUUUGCUUGCAGGAUUUACUGAGGUUUUUCACAUGGUUGCACAUAAUCGUACAGAUAUCUGUGCUCAAAGUCCUCUUGUAAAUGAAAUACUUAAAAUCAUGUAUGUGUUCUGUAUGUUAAAUGUUAAUUUGCCCUAACCAGGUCUUUAUUUUCCUCUGUGAGGAACAUGUGAAGAACAACCCAUAAAAUGCUUAAUACAAAUUUUCAUGUGCAGUGUCAGUCAUUUAUUGUUUUGAUGAGGUGGACUAAGUUCACUUUUCCAUUGUCCAAGACUAUUGAUAAUUUAUCUUCUAUUCCCAUUGCUAUAUUGUAGUUAUAAUAAAUUGGACUAUUUUACUGGAUUACAUUUUU